UAGACACCCAACAAGUGGCUUCAUUUCUAGUUCUAAGCUGAUUAGUCCUCUUCUACGGUUCUACCCUCUAACCUUUCUUCCAUUUCUCUGCACUACAACAAAAAUGGGUACACUGGAAGUAGAGGCGCCGGAGAUAAACGAAGACGACGAGGUUUCUCCGAUCGAGCAAGUCCGGCUAACCGUACUCAACACCGACGACCCGACCCUGCCCGUAUGGACCUUCAGAAUGUGGGUCCUGGGCGUGCUCUCAUGCGUCCUCCUCUCCUUCCUCAACCAGUUCUUUUCUUACCGGAAGGAGCCACUCACCAUCACCCAGAUCACCGUCCAGGUGGCCACGCUCCCCAUCGGACGCUUCAUGGCCGCCACGCUGCCCACCACCAAGUUCCGGAUUCCCGGGUUCGGGGCCCGGGAAUUCUCGCUUAACCCGGGCCCGUUUAACAUGAAGGAGCACGUGCUUAUCACCAUUUUCGGGAACGCCGGGUUUUCCUUCGGAGAUGGAACCGCUUACGGCGUCGGGAUUGUUAACAUUAUCAUCGCUUUUUACCGGAGGAAAAUAUCAUUCUAUACUGGUUGGCUUCUUGUCGUUUGCACACAGGUUCUCGGAUAUGGUUGGGCUGGACUUUUAAGAAAAUACGUAGUUGAGCCAGCGCACAUGUGGUGGCCAAGCACCCUCGUCCAAAUCUCACUAUUCCGGACACUCCACGAAGAGGAAAACGAAGAUGAGAAGCGGCAAAUCUCUCGAUCCAAAUUCUUCGUGAUUGCACUGACCUGUAGUUUCUGCUGGUACUUGUUCCCUGGCUACAUCUUUCAAACUCUUCAGAGUAUUUCCUGGGUUUGCUGGGCAUUUCCCCAUUCUGUGACUGCCCACCAGCUUGGUUCGGGCAUGAAUGGCUUUGGGCUUGGGGCUUUCACGCUGGACUGGGCAACAACAGCCUCGUUUCUGUACAGCCCUCUUAUAAGCCCAUUCUUCGCAAUUGCAAACGUGUUUGUUGGCUAUGUGACCAUAAUGUAUGUGGUCAUACCUUUCUUCUACUGGGGGUUCAAUGUCUACGACGCCCAAAAGUUCCCAAUCUUUUCGUCCGAUUUGUUCACUUCUCAAGGCCAAGAGUAUAAUAUAUCCGCCAUUGUCAACAAUAGAUUUGAGCUUGACGAAGCUCAGUAUGCUAAGCAGGGGAAAAUCCACUUGAGCACCAUGUUUAGUCUGACUUACGGUUUUGGUUUCGCCACGGUUGCGUCUACACUCUCUCAUAUUGGACUGUUUUAUGGGAGAGAGAUUUAUAGUCGAUAUCGGGCUGCUUCGAAGGAAAAGAUGGAUAUUCAUACAAGAUUGAUGAAGAAGUACAAAGAUAUACCUUCCUGGUGGUUUCACAUACUUCUUUUAGCGGCAAUGCUUGUGUCACUUGCAUUAUGCAUCUUCUUGAAAAAGGAGAUUCAGAUGCCAUAUUGGGGACUCCUGCUUGCAUCCGCCAUUGCUUUCGUGUUUACCUUGCCCAUUAGCAUCAUUAUGGCUACCACAAACCUGCCAAUAGGACUAAAUAUCAUAACAGAAUACAUUAUGGGUUUAAUCUACCCGGGAAGACCUAUAGCUAAUGUCUGCUUCAAGACCUAUGGUUACUUGAGCACAUAUCAAGCUGUUUCUUUCCUUAGCGAUUUCAAACUUGGCCAUUACAUGAAGAUUCCUCCAAGGUCAAUGUUCUUGGUUCAGUUCAUUGGAACCAUCAUUGCUGGAACAACCAAUAUAAUUGUUGCCUGGUGGCUCUUACAUUCCGUUGACAACAUAUGCCAUCAGGAUAAGUUUUCGAAUAGUCCCUGGACCUGUCCGGGCGACCAUGUCUUCUUCGAUGCGUCCGUUAUCUGGGGGCUGGUUGGUCCAAAGAGAAUUUUCGGCUCUCUGGGAAACUACUCGGCGCUUAACUGGUUCUUUCUGGGAGGAUUAUUGGGUCCGGUUGUAGUGUGGCUAUUACACAAGGCGUUUCCCUCGCAGACUUGGAUUACCCUCAUCAACCUCCCGGUUAUCUUCGGAGCGACUUACGCUAUGCCGCCGGCGUCUUCCUUGAACUACAAUUUUUGGAUUUUGGUCGGAACGAUCUUCAACUUCUUUGUUUUCCGGUACCGGAAGAAAUGGUGGCAGAGGUAUAAUUAUGUCCUCUCGGCGGCGUUGGACGCCGGCGUUGCGUUCAUGGCAGUCUUUCUGUACUUCACGGUGGGUUUGGAGAACAAGAACGUGUCGUGGUGGGGGACUAAUGACUCGGAACACUGUGACCUUGCGACUUGUCCCACCGCUAAGGGCAUAUCGGUGGAUGGUUGUCCGGUGUUUUAGUAUUUGGAUAUACAAAAAAAUUAUUUUUGUUAUAGUCGAUAAUUAAUAGUUUGCAAAAUAAUAUGUACAAGCAUAAUUGUAUUAAAGGGCCUAUUU